GGGCCGUGCAUGGAGCGGUAGGUAAAAGAGCCUGGCUUGCGACGUUGGCAUAGAUAUUGAAUCACUUCAGUUUAAUUUUUCAAGCCUGGCUCUAGUUCAAGACCCAUAUUUAGUCCGUACAAUAAACCUUUAUAAAACGUUUGUGUUAUGACGUUUUUGCUGACAAAGCAGGUUUUUCGAUCAUGCCACCAGGAACUCGCUUUGUCUUGUUCCAACUGUGGACACUAUUAUUGGUUUCUGAACAAAGUCACUGACGCGAGUCUUGUGUUUUGCAUUGAAGCGCCUGCGCACGAAUUUGAUUUGACGGUUAUUUUAGACCUUCCUUCGAAGAAGAAAAUCCCGCCGGGUUUAUCCAAAUACCAUCCAUGGAUCAGAUGUCCAGGGGGCGAUGGGCCUCCUAAACUCAGGGCUAUGCCUCCUAAACACCCAUUUUGCUAUUUCCUCAAUAACACAUGAAAAGCAGGCUAUGUGUACGUACACGAGCGGCGUUUUCGAGCGUUUCAAAAUCGUUUUUGUCUAUUUUAUUGUGUUAAAUUAGCUUUAGACUCUCUUGGAAAUUGGCGGUGUUUGAAACGGUGAAAACGUGAAAACGCUCAAAAAAGUUACCGUGUGUACAUAGUCGCAGUUUGUCAAUUCUCUUGAUAGAAUCUGGUAUCAUUUUUCAAACUAUAUAGCGCAAAUAGCUAACAACACUGAUUGGUUAUUUUGGUUUCGGGUUCCAGUCCUCGCGCGUUCAUGGCGGGAUUUGUGAAUUACUAAAUUGUAAACAUUACUUUAAUAAAUCAGGAGGAUUUCAAGAUUUUACUAUGAUUUUACUAUGAGACUUUCUCUUAACAAGAGUGGAAAUGCUCCGAAGAACCCUUCUUCUCAAAACAAAACGAAAUCAAAUAACUCGGGAUCAUCAAGCACGAUAUUCUCCAACUUCUUUAUUAAACCGAAAGAUAAGAAGUCCGAAUAUGGUGAUAAAUCUAUUAAAGAAAGGGAUACGACCAGAAAACAUGGUUUCACCGUGCCUUUCUCUAAACCAGUAAAACCACUUCGGGGAAAUGAAAUCCCCUUUGGUAAAGCAACCAUUUUUCGAAAAAUUGACAAAGAAAAUAAAAUUCCAAACCAAGAAUCUGAUAAUAGAUCACGGCAAACACAACCUUGGAAUCUGGAGUCAAAUAUUUCAGAAUGUAAUGAUUUUGAUGAAUGUCCUAAGCAGAAAGGUGAAACUACUCAGUCAUCUAAGAGAACAUUUAGUGAGUUUGAUGAUGUUGGUUUUGGCUUAGAACCUGAGCUUAACAGGCAACCUCGAAAUGAGUGUAAACGUUUGAAAACGGACAUGGUAUGGCCAUGUGAUGUUCAAGAUAAUGAUGACGAAGAUGUUGGUACCAUGAUGGGCCAGGAACUUUUCAACGACGUUGAAGAAAACAACAAUUCAAUCAACAACAAUGACAUUUAUAAUUGCAAUAUCGAUGGAUAUGCCGAAGAUCCUGAGUCUGAUUUUGAUUUCAUCGCACCAAGCCCAAGAUCACCAGAGUAUUUAUCACCCGAUGAUUCUCCACCAUAUUUCAAUGACAUCGACACAGAAGAUUCCUUACCAGAGACUGUCACCAGGCAGAAAGAAGGAAUGGUGACAGAAGUUGAUUUCACCUGCGACAGAAUACAAGCUGAUGAAAUCAAGGAAGAUAUUAAUGAAUACGAUGAGUUCAAACAUCGGCGAUCCGAGAAAGCCGAGGAAACUCUUGACGCAAAGUUUGAGAAAUCUUCCUCAGACUACAUAGCCGUGUUGGAAAAGAUUGCAGAUACCUUUAAGGCUUUCGACCAAGAUUUACUGCUAAAUUUGUUGGGUGAAGACGAACACGAAGAAUACAAGAAAAACCAAGUUGAAAGGAACAGAUUGAGAGCCCAAAGGAGGAGAUUGAGUAUAAGAAUAGAAGAGAAACGUCGAUCAAUCGGACAGAAGUCUUCGCAGCAAACUGGAAACGGAUGGUUAUUACAGAACAGUACCAGCACUAUCACCUCAUCAAGACGUGCUUCAGAUGGCGACGUCCUCCCCCUCUGUGGUGAUAGUUUCUUUGAUAAAUCUCCCCCCGUCUUGCAGCCUGACUCGUCGCAAUUAUCCAAAGUCUCUGCAAACUCUCACGCGAGUUUCACUCCACAAACGUCCAAGUCUCGAUCCACAACCCCAUCAUUUCCAUCGACAUGGCGGACGAACACUCCUGCAUUUCAAAAUCGAAAUAAAUCAAAUGUUAUUGAUAUAGAAGAUUACGAAGAUCAAGAAGAUCAACCCCCCGGUACGGGUACUAAUGCCAAUACGUCGUCUACAACAUCGGCACGUUUUUCAGGGGGGAGUUGUGAAGCAUCUCAAACAAAUAAUGGUAGUAAAGAAAAAGCGUCCACUGUCGGGCAACGUACAACGAGUGCUCAACCAAAGAAGACUGGUAACUCAUUACCAGAUGAUGGUUAUCGAGAUGAGUUUAAGAGAACAGAUUACGCCUUCACGCAGGAGGUGAACAGGACCCUAAGACGAACAUUUGGUCUGAAGUGUUUUCGUUUCAACCAACACGAAGCGAUCACCGCCGCUUUGCUCAAAAGGAAUUGUUUCAUAUUGAUGCCAACCGGGGGAGGAAAGAGUCUCUGUUAUCAAUUACCUGCUGUUGUAACUGACGGGGUAACCAUCGUUGUCUCCCCCCUGAAAUCUUUGAUACAAGAUCAAGUGAUGAAACUCAGUUCAAAUCAUAUUCCAGCGCAUCAGAUGACCGGUGAAACAUCGGCAAACGUCGUGAACGCCAUCUACCGAGAUCUUCACAGUGUUUCUCCUCAAACUAAGCUUCUCUACGUGACGCCAGAAAAACUUAGCGGGAGUGGGAGGCUUUCAGACGCACUGGAGAGUCUCUACGGUCGUGGAAAGCUGGCCAGAUUUGUAAUUGACGAGGCGCACUGCGUCAGUCAGUGGGGCCAUGAUUUUCGCCCUGAUUAUAAAAAGUUGUCGGCGUUAAACGAGAAGUUUCCUCUCGUUCCCAUGAUGGCGGUGACCGCAACAGCAACGCCUCGUGUUCGCACAGACAUUGUCACGCAGUUGAGAAUGAAAGAACCCAUGUGGUUCAGCCAGAGUUUCAACCGUCCAAAUCUGCAGUUCCUGCUUCGUCCUAAGAAAGGCAAACUAGCGGAGCAAAUUACGGAAAUUAUCAAGGCAAACCACGCGAUUGAUUCAGGCAUUAUCUAUUGUCUAUCCAGGAACGAUUGUGACAAUCUGGCCGAUAAUCUUCGUCAGACUGGGAUUCAGGCCACUGCAUAUCACGCGGGCUUGUCUGAUUUGGAACGUAAACGCACUCAAGAGGACUGGAUACGAGACAGAUGCAAGGUGAUCUGUGCGACAAUCGCGUUCGGGAUGGGAAUAGACAAGGCUGAUGUGCGAUUUGUCUUUCACCAUUCGUUGCCCAAGUCGCUUGAGGGUUACUUUCAGGAGUGUGGUCGCGCUGGCAGAGAUGGCCAGAAUUCUGUAUGUAUCCUGUUCUACAACUAUGGAGAUGUGCAUCGUUUGAAAAGAAUGGUCCUAUCAGACAAAACAAAUACCCAGGCAUCCAUAAAUGUACACAUGAACAACCUCUACCGUGUUGUCCAAUACUGUGAAAACGUGACAGAAUGCAGGCGUGCGCAGCUCCUGGAGUACUUUGGAGAGACUGGAUUCGACACUGCUGAAUGCCACAAUAACCAGUCCACGAUCUGUGACAACUGCUCAAGCGCUGACCAGGUUAAAAAGCAAGAUGUUACACCACUUGCCAAGUUGAUUGUUGAGUCUGUGAAUACGUUGAUCCAUAAAGGAAAUGGCAACUGGCAACGUCCUAUGGCUCAACUGACAUUGAAACAUCUGGUUGACGUGUUUAAGGAUUCUCAAAAGGUACCUUCAUCGAAAUUGGAGUGAAAUUGGUAGCACUCGAUCUUCUCGGGUGUAAAAGUGCAACGGAGUCAAACCUCACAGGAAUCAAACUUCAGUUCAGUCACAGAGAUGAGAGCCAUGAACUAAUGACCACUGUGUUUGGUAGAGUCAAACUGAAAGCACUCUUUUCACAUGUGACUGAGAUGAACUGAUUUGAUCAUUACAAGAGGCAGUUUA